UCGCCACCCGAAAGAAAGUUCGUGUUGUUCUUUUGCGAAAAGUAAAAUCUUAAAUUAAUGAGUACAUCAUCGAAUAAUGCGACUUUCUCUCGGUGGUCGUAACAGUCGGUUUGCUUGCUGCUAGCUGUGCGGCUGAUAACCUGAGGUAUCGUUAUUAAGGUAAUUGUCUUUGUUGUGCGGUUGGUCGUUUCCUAAUAAGUGUUUGAAAACAUCUUUCUUAUCAAGGAAAUGACGCAGUGAGGUCGACGGGUUUUUGCAUGGUAAUACGGUAAAGUGGUGACAAUGAAGCUGCUAGUCGGACGCUGAAAACUAAAGCAAACAGAUCUGUGAUACAAAAGUGUGGUAUAUGGUACUUGGAUUUAGUGUGUACAGAACUUUCGUUUUAGUUUGUUUCAAAAGUGAUCAUUUGUUGAUUGGCUGUUCAUAGGAAAUUAUACUGUAUCCAAUGACAAUAUUAUCACCGUACGACACGGCCAGGAAGAAAGAGCCAUCGGCCACUUUCAACGCGGAGAGAGAAUCAUGUCUGAAGUGCUUCGAAAAAUGGAGCGAAACCGACCAAGUGGAAUUCGUAGAAAAUUUACUAGCUAGGAUGUGCCACUAUCAGCACGGACAUAUAAAUUCCUAUUUAAAACCUAUGCUACAACGGGAUUUUAUCUCUCUUUUGCCAAAGCAAGGGCUGGACCAUGUUGCCGAAAAUAUUUUAUCAUAUUUGGACGCUGAUAGUCUACGAAAUGCCGAACUGGUGUGCAAGGAGUGGUUCAGGGUGAUAUCGGAAGGCAUGCUGUGGAAGAAACUCAUAGAAAGGAAGGUCCGUACAGACUCGUUGUGGAGAGGUUUAGCUGAACGAAGGCAGUGGAUCCAGCACCUGUUCAAGCCGAGACCCGGCGAAAACCACCGCCCUCAUUCGUUCUAUCGCGCCCUGUUCCCGAAAAUAAUCCGCGACAUCGAGAGCAUAGAGAGCAACUGGAGGCACGGAAGGCACAUUUUGCAGCGAAUCAACUGUCGAUCUGAGAACAGCAAAGGGGUGUAUUGCCUGCAGUACGACGACCAGAAGAUCGUGUCAGGUCUCAGGGACAAUACGAUAAAAAUAUGGGACAGAAGUACAUUGCAGUGCACUAAAGUUCUAAUAGGACACACGGGAUCGGUUCUGUGUUUACAGUACGAUGAUAAAGUUAUUAUUAGUGGUUCUAGUGAUUCGACUGUGCGCGUUUGGAACGUUAAUACGGGAGAAAUGGUCAACACACUCAUCCAUCAUUGCGAAGCCGUCCUACACCUUAGGUUCAACAAUGGAAUGAUGGUCACUUGUUCAAAAGACCGAUCGAUAGCCGUGUGGGACAUGACAUCGCAGACGGAGAUAACCCUGCGGAGAGUCUUGGUUGGGCACAGGGCCGCCGUGAACGUGGUGGAUUUUGACGAGAAAUACAUAGUUUCAGCAUCAGGUGAUCGAACUAUAAAAGUGUGGAACACUUCGACGUGUGAAUUUGUGAAAACGUUGAACGGACAUAAACGGGGCAUAGCCUGCCUGCAAUAUAGAGAUAGAUUAGUAGUUAGCGGAAGUUCAGACAAUACCAUAAGAUUAUGGGAUAUCGAGUGCGGUUCUUGCCUGCGGGUCCUCGAAGGACACGAAGAGUUGGUGCGCUGCAUUCGUUUCGACUCGAAACGGAUCGUCAGCGGGGCGUACGACGGAAAAAUCAAAGUUUGGGAUCUCGUCGCGGCUCUCGAUCCGAGGGCGCCGGCCAGUGCUUUGUGUCUUCGAACAUUGGUAGAACAUACUGGUAGAGUGUUUAGGUUGCAAUUUGACGAAUUUCAAAUAGUGAGUAGUUCACACGAUGAUACAAUCUUGAUUUGGAACUUCCUCAACUCAAUCACUGAUCGAAGUGCGAAGUCGCCUUCACCAUCACCUUUUGAAUAGAACUUUCAGAAGUCCACUUCAUUUUCAACGUGUUUAUACAGAAUCAAGAGGGCAAGUGCUCGCGUCCUCCAGACGCAUAACUGACUAGAGAUACGAAAAUUAUUUGUAACGAUUACUGUGCAUAAUGUUAAACUUAAAUUUGAUAUAUUUAUCCUUAAUUUAUAAUAAUGAAAGGACGGUUUGGCUAGUUGAAAUUCCUUUAAAUGUAUUUUCGUCUUUUCAUGUAUUGAAUUUCGCUGUUGUUUCUCGAACCGAAUUAAAACGUCAUGUCGUACAUGUCAGCAGUCCUAUGUUGAUCUGUUGUAGAAUAUUAAAUGAGUUUAUGGAAUAUGUGAUAGUAUGUUUAAAGUAUCCAUUUUGUUUCUGCGUGUUUGCUGUCUUUCUAUCUGGAGCAUUGUGUGACAUUAGUUAAACUGUUGACGUUAUUUACAAUAUGUUGUUUCCAUUGUGGUUGAAUUUCUACUGAACAAUGUUUUUAGCUCUCUAGUCUAUGAAAAUUUUAGCUCCGAGUUUUAAACACGCGAGCGUAUUCUUCAAUAGGUUUUCAACUUCGCAUCGUCUGUUAAUUUCAAAGGACUUUUUAUAUUUUGUUGAGCGAUAACCGCUUAGCUUUCUAGUCUUUACAGAUUUUUUGCAAAAAUUUAAGAGUGAGCUGGUAAGCGCAGGACGAAUUUAUUCAGUUGUAGGAUAUAGUUUUGGGAUGCGAUCGGAAACAUAAGUGAUGGUGAUUGAUUUUAUGUGCAUCGUUUUAUAAAAUAGGAACCAUUGUGAUCAAGUGAUUUUAGUUCAGAUUCAUAUUUUACUGUAACCAAAAACGAGGUCAGACUGUUUUCUUUGCUUUGCUGUGCAAAUCAAGAAAUGGCCACGGGCUUUUCUUGCUGUUUGUUUUUGAUCUGCCAAAAGUAGAAUUUCUCAUAGAUUAGAUUUACAAGACUACUUGUAAUGGCUUUUGUGAUAAAUCUUACAGUAAAAUUUGUAUGCCUGUUUUGUACUAUACGGGAAUGUACACUUUCAUGUUUUAAAUGAACCUACAUUGUCACUUAAGAGGCACUAAAUCAACAUUUUAUAUUAGGUUUAAUGUAAAUAUAAUUAUGAAUAUGAAUGUAGCGUUAAAUCAUUUGCAUUUAUAAUUUUUAUUUAGAGUUAUUUAUAUUUUAUGCGUGUAGUAAUACAAUUGAAGAAUA